AUGGCGGCCUGGAAACGGACGUUACGUCAUUCGAAAUAUCUUUGCCCCAAUGUUUUAAAAUUAAUGACUCGUGGAAAGUGGGUGGAACAAGAAGUGAGUGCUUUCAUGAAACUUGAAAUGGAUGUUUUCUUGGAGAAAGCCAGAGGUGAUUUUUAUCUCCCUGGAACCUUACAACGAUUGGAUGACCAUUGUGGAAACGUGACAUUUGAUUGGUUAACUGGAAAUCAAAGACCAUUGCUGUGGUUCCGCGCGCUUUGUGACCCUAAGGGUGCAAAACCAUGUUGUUAUGACAACGUGUGUACAAGUAAAUCUAUUGAACAGUGUAAAUGCCCCGGGUGUUUAGACAUGAGGCAGCAAAUAAAUGCUGAGCAUGCGAAUUGGACGCCAGAGCACCCAGAUUGUCAUCCUCCAGAAAGAACUCCUAAAGAUAUGUGUAAUAUUUUAAAUGGUAUGACUAUUUAUUUCGUUGGUGAUUCGUUCAUUCGACAUUUAUACACAGCCUUGUUAAUGCUGGUGAAAGGUAAUAUGUAUGAUGGAGCUCUAAGGAACAAACCUAUACCGCAAUUGACUCAUACAAGAUGUGUUGGAAUGUAUGUAUUCAGUGACGCAGAGUGUCGUGCUUGGAUUAAUUUCAAUGCGUCUUUGUGUAACAAUACAGUGCACAUGCAAUUUGACGAACUUCCAAAAGUAGAGCACGUAAUGCAUGUCUCAACCAAAAUGCAGGAAUUAACUAGAAAACCGAGAUCGUUGUUUGUAUUCGGAAUCGGAAUACACAAUGAUUAUAAUAUAAGUGCAACAACCAACAAUUUUUUACAUCCGUUAUUACGUCAUAAAGAUAGUAAAACGUGGCCAAGAUAUUUGUGGCAUUCCGCGCAUGCGCCUGGAUUAUUAAAAACCCCUCGUAUUCCGGCUCAGAGUAUUGACAGUGUGUUAAAAUAUAAUCAUCAAAUUGAACACUAUUUGAAACAAAGUAACGUCCCUAUCUUACAGUCGUUUACCUUAACCAAAGGAGUGAACAGUUUUGAUGGCGCACAUUAUGGUUUGGGAGUCAAUUUAGUAAAAUCACAAAUUUUAAUUGAAUAUAUUCGAGAUUUGAGAUCUAAGGAAAAUUGGUGACAGGAAUAAGACGAGUUUUUGUUCAAUUAUAAAUUACAAAUUGUUUUACAAACCAUUGCAUUUUGAUAUUUAAAGGGAGGUAUUAAAAAUUGUUAUGAAUUUG